AUGACGAAGGUUAUGACUAACUAUACAACACCCGACUUCUCAUGGGUCGGGGGCAACACAUUAUUCUCGCCCCCUGGAACAUGGAAUAUUGAAGAAAACAAAGUCCAACGCCGUAGGCAUGGCCGUGGUUUUGCGGGGUGGGCUGAUUCAAAUGAUGGUUAUUGUGUUACAUUGGUUUAUCACGAUAACUAUCUCAACGAUGGUUCAGUCCCCAAUCGGAGUAUUGCAGCGUCUGUCAAACCUUCUGGGUCGCUUGCACAUCCAUAUAGCGGUCCCAUGACUGUGCACAGGAUGCUUCCCAAAGAGGCCAUUGAGAAUAUAAAGUUUGCCCAAGGCCAACCGGUAUCACCUGGACAAGAGGCCAUACUCAUGAGCAUGUUCGGAAGUGCUUCAUAUGUCGAGGCGUUUCACAACAUGGAUGAGUGCAUGUAUCCGAAUGCAGAGUCGGCUCAUUGUCAGUCAACUAUGACCAGCUAUAUUCUGCUUUCAGAAGCUUGCCAUUCCGGAGCGAUAGAGGUGAUUGAGAAGGAGUGGACUAAAGGUCCCUGGGCAAUGGGAGCCCCUAGCCCGGUCAUGAUGCCGGGUAGCAUGACCAGCGAGGCUGGCGAAGCAAUCCGAUCAGUUUUUGAUAAGGUCCAUUUUAUUGGUACUGAGACGUCUCAUGUCUGGAAGGGAUAUCUUGAUGGAGCGGUGCGUUCAGGUGAAAGGGGUGCGGCAGAGGUCAUUACUGCUCUCGGUCUACGGCCGGCUAAGGUCUAG